CCACACGACGCAAAUUCGCGGAUCAUACGCUCUUUCUUCUUCCGUCCCAAUUUGGUCUCCUCUCUUCCUUCCACGGCUCCCUCUGCAUUUCUUUCUUUCAAGACUUUUUUUGUCUGACCUUCAUGAAUUGGAGAAGCAUUGCUGCGUUUGCUGUUUCCUCUAAAGCAGGGAACAAGUACAGCUCCCUUUUCUGGAUUUUGACUUGCCUCUACCCGAGAUUCUUUGGGACCGUUGUUGCAUUUGAGAAUUACCUCCUCUUCAGGGUAUUUUGAGGUGUCUUUCUUUGAUAGUUUUGUUUGGGGCUUUGGGGAGUGUGUUUCUCCAUCGUUGUGCAGUGCCUGUUGUUGAACUGACCCUUCUUUCCUUGAGUAAAACAUGGUUUCUGCUAAGUUCUCACAGUUACCGGGGAAGAAACCCCUUCAGAAUAAUGCGCUUCUCCCGUUGAAACCACCUGAUGUCAAGGCACUGGAUAAUGUUGAUUUGGAGUUUUCUGAUGUCUUUGGUCCUGUUCCAGCUCAGUCACCAAUCUAUGAAAACGUUGCGGUGCCAGAUACAAUUGGAUUGGCUUAUGAAGACCCGACUGUAGUUUACAGUCGCUCUCAUUCUUUUGUUGGACCAACAACCUGUAUUAAUCAGACACAAAGGCUCAGCAGACUCACAUUACGUGAGAAUGAUGACUCUCUGGUACUUGUAGACAAAGUCUGUGAGGAGGCUAAUGGAAAACGUCAAUCUUCUUUUGAGAAUUCUAUUGCUGGGGAUUCCACUGUUCAGGAGCGCAGUCUUUUACCAAAAUCAGUUGGACUUGAAGACUUUGAAGUGUUAAAAGUUGUUGGCCAAGGUGCAUUUGGAAAAGUUUAUCAGGUGCAGAAGAUUGACACCUCAGAAAUCUUCGCAAUGAAGGUCAUGCGAAAGGAUAAGGUUUUGGACAAAAGUCAAACUGAGUACAUGAUUAGCGAGAGGAAUAUACUGACUAAAAUAGAUCACCCUUUCAUUGUGCAGCUUAAAUACUCUUUCCAGACUAAAUACAGACUCUACCUUGUUUUGGAUUUUGUUAACGGGGGACAUCUUUUCUUUCAACUCUGCCGUCAAGGCUUAUUCAGAGAGGAUUUAGCACGGAUCUAUACUGCUGAGAUUGUUUCCGCUGUUUCUCACCUCCAUGAUAAGGGAAUAAUACACAGGGAUCUUAAACCCGAAAAUAUACUUUUGGAUGCAGAGGGUCAUGUUGUACUGACCGACUUUGGUCUUGCAAAGCAAUUUGAUGAGAACUCGCGGUUUAACUCUCUGUGCGGGACAGUGGAGUAUAUGGCACCUGAAAUUAUUCUUGGGAAGGGCCAUGAUAAGGCUGCAGACUGGUGGAGCGUGGGAGUUCUACUAUAUGAGAUGCUUACAGGAAAGCCUCCCUUUUUUGGUGGGAACCGGCAGAAAGUUCAGCAGAAGAUCACAAAGGACAAGAUCAAGCUCCCUGCAUAUUUGUCAAGUGAUGCACAUUCCCUGUUAAAAGGGCUACUACAGAAGGAGGCACGGAAGCGCUUUGGCAGUGGACCAAAAGGUAGCGAUGAGAUAAAGAGCCACAAGUGGUUCCGUUCCAUCAACUGGAAGAAACUAGAGGCUCGAGAAAUCCAGCCAAGUUUCUGCCCCGAAGUUGCAGGGAAACACUGCGUUGCAAACUUUGAGGAGCGGUGGACCGCCAUGCCUCUGUUAGAGUCUCCAGCUGCCAGUCCGAAAGGCUGUGAGAACCCUUUCAGGGGUUAUAGUUUUAUGAGACCUGACCUCCAUUCCUGCAAAUAAACUAAGAACAUUCCCCCAGCUUUGGCUGUAAAAGCAGCAGCUCAAGCACUGUAAUUCUCUUUCCUUACAAAGUUAGGAUAUCAGAUCAAGUAAAGGACCAGAUCUGUAACAGUUGCUUGAAAUCCACUUUAUUGUUCCUUUCCACAUUAUAAAUUGAAUGAAAAUUGGAGUUAG